AUGUCAAAGACAGCCAUUUCAUUGUUUAUCGGUUGUAUGAUUUUCCUGUUACCUAUUAAUGGGUUAAAUUAUCACGAAAAGCAUCGUCUUCAAGUUCAUUAUUCCGUACCAUCGGGCUUUAUGAAUGAUCCGAAUGGAUUAAUAUUUGAGGAUGGAUAUUAUCAUCUAUACUUCCAGUAUGAUCCUGAUGCGAUGACAAACACCAACUGCCACUGGGGACACGCAAGAUCAAUCGAUCUGAUACACUGGGAGAAUUUACCGAUUGCAAUAUAUCCAUACGAAAAAGGUAUGAUAUUCAGUGGAUGCUGUGUCAAAGACAAGAACAACGUUACUGGUCUUGGUUCGAAUUUACCGGGAAAAGAUGUAGAGCCACUUAUUGCCAUAUACUCACUUCAUAAUGUCACCAGUAAUUCACAAGAUCAAGGAUUAUCGUAUUCACAUGAUCGAGGUUUGACAUGGACGUAUUACGACGGGAAUCCAAUCAUUCCAAAUCCGGGCGUUUCAAAUGAUUUCCGUGAUCCAAAUAUUAUCGAACGAUAUGGAAAAUUCUAUAUGAGUUUAGCUGUUUUCGAUCGAGUUACAUUUUAUAGCAGCGAUAAUUUGAUCAAAUGGGAUUUCGUCAGUGAUUUUGGUGUUGAUCCAGAUGAAGGUGAAAAAGAGGGUGUGUGGGAAUGUCCAGCCCUAUUUACAUUGAAAGAUGAACAAAGCAACGAACAUGAUAUACUAAUUGUUUCGGAAAAUGUACCUAAACAAGGCAGUGCCAUGCAAUAUUUUAUCGGAAAAUUCAAUGGAACACAUUAUAAUACGUAUGAUAAAUCAAGACAAUUGUGGCUUGAAUAUGGACAUGAUAAUUUUGCUGCAGUACCAUAUCACAACGAUCCUCUUGGCCGAUUGAUCAUUAUUGGAUGGAUGGCAAAUUGGAAUUAUGCAUCAGAUGUACCAACAUCAACAUGGCUUGGUCAAAUGACAAUUCCACGAGAAGUGACUCUUCGAAAUGUUGAUGGCCGCAUUCAUCUUGUUCAGCGGCCAAUUGAUGAAUUCAACAGCAUUAUUGAUCGGUCCCGACAAUGGUCACUGUCAACACCAUACUACAUGUUUGGCAGCCAAAAUCUCAAUUUAACAUCACAAAUGACAUUCAAAACUGGAUCAAUGUUGACAUUGGAUUAUGAUAUAAACAUUGAAAAUGUUUUAAAGGGCGACAUCGCUUUAAAGUUCAGCAAUAAUCUUGGCGAAUUCGUUUUAUUUCAUUACAAUGUGAGCAGCGACACUUAUGUAUUCGAUCGUCGGAACUCUGGAAAUGUAACAUUUAGCGAAGAUUUUAUUACUCGAAUUCCAACGGCCAAACGUAUUAGUACGGGUAAUCGACUUUCGGGACAAAUAAUUUUGGACAAAUCGGCGAUUGAAAUAUUUGCCGACGAUGGUAUAAUGGUAUUCACUGCACUUUUUUUUCCAACCGAACCGUUCGAAAAUAUUGAUUUUAUCUUUGAUGUUGAAGACACCGAAAAAACAGUGACCGUGGAAAAGCUAAGCGUAUCAGCUCUAAAAAGCAUUUGGAUGUAG